GCAAAUUCAGUUAAAUUCUAUAUUGGAUUAUGCUUUCUUCAGAAAUAAAAAAAGAGAGUACUGCGUUGUACUGCUCAUACUACAAAUAUCUCAGACACAAUCCCACUUUCAUGUCCGAGCUUCCCCUUUUGGUCUGAAAUUCGUCGUCCAUCCAUUUUUUUGGGUCUUUUCUUGUCAUCUAUAAACAGCUCCCAGGAAAAUGUUUAAGCUGCAGUGACAUAACAAGAAUCGAAGAAAACUCGAAAAAAGGGCAUCCUCAUGGGAGCUAGGUUGAGUUUGAGUAGUCAAAAAGCAAGCUGCAGUGAGCAAGUCGAGGCGUCUCUAAAUGAGGCGUGUAAGAGGCAAAGGACGUCUUCGAGCUAUUGGGAUGAGAAUCCCCGGCUGAUUCCUAAUCUGCCCGAUGAGAUAUCGAUGCAGAUUCUUGCCAGGAUCCCAAGAAUCAUGUAUUUCAGCGGGAAGCUCGUCUCAAGGAGCUGGAAAGCCGCUCUGACGAGUAGAGAAUGCUAUGAAGUGAGGAGAGAGCUCGGCACGACAGAGGAGUGGCUCUAUGUAUUGACCAAGCUCGAGGGUGAAAAGCUCGUGUGGCACGCGUUGGAUCCAGUUUCCCGUGUGUGGCAACGGUUGCCUCUGAUGCCGAACGUUGCUGCAGAAGGUGGAGCGAGGAGGGGCGCGGGUGGCCUCCGUUUGUGGAGCGCUGUUAGCUCUAGCAGUAUUGCGGACGCGAUUAGAAGCUGGCUCGGGAGGAGAGAUGCCUUGGUGGAGGUCCCGUUCUGUGGCUGUGCUGUUGGGGCUGUUGGUGGCCGUCUCUACGCGAUGGGUGGAUUCUGCAGGGCUACGGCUAUGAAAUCCGUGUGGCAGUAUGAUCCGGUCAUGAACGCUUGGACUCAAGCGGCUCCCAUGUCGACAGGCCGGGCUUAUUGCAAGACGGAUGUAUUGAAUGGCAAGCUGUACGUCGUUGGAGGCGUUACCCGAGGCCAAGGUGGGCUGACCCCUCUUCAGUCGGCCGAGGUUUUCGAUCCGUGUUCCGGGACAUGGUCCGAUGUGCCGAGCAUGCCGUUUUCGAAAGCCCAAGUGCUGCCGACCGCGUUCCUAUCCGACCUGCUCAAGCCUAUCGCGACCGGGAUGACGUCGUACAAGGGGAAGCUAUACGUUCCUCAAAGCUUAUACUGCUGGCCCUUUUUCGUGGACGUUGGAGGCGAGGUGUUCGAUCCGGAGGCGGACUCGUGGGUCGAAAUGCCGGCUGGAAUGGGGGACGGCUGGCCGGCCAAGCAGGCGGGGACGAAGCUGAGUGUGAUCGUCGACGGCGACUUGUACGCCCUCGAUCCGUCCACCUCUCUCGACAGCGCCAGGAUCAAGGUUUACAACGAGCAAGGCGACGCUUGGACAACUGUCGAUGGAGACGUGCCCGUUGCUGACCUUGCUGACUCGGACUCUCCGUAUCUGCUCACGAGUUUCCUCGGGAAGCUGCACGUCGUCACGAAAGACGCGAACCACGCCAUCUCGGUCGUGCAAGCUGAGUGGAGGAACCGGCUUGAUUCUGGCCCGUCUACCUCCUCGUCUGAUGGCGUGCAUCGGACGUCUGGAAACCCGGCCUCGCAUAACGUUUGGAAAGUCGUCGCAACGAGAGACGCUCGAUCGGCCGAGCUAGUGAGCUGUGUCAUCCUUGAUGUCUAGCUACAUUUGAAGCUGUUUUCUUGUGCAUCUUCUACUAGUUGGAGCAGAUGAUAAUCUCAUUGCUGUUUUUGAAGAUAAAGGGAAAAUAUAUUGGGUUGUAAAUGAAUGCUUGGGUUAUGUGUAUACCUAUAUCAUGUGGAAUUUGUUGUGUGUUUCUACUUUCUAUCAAUAUAGAAAUUGCUUUUCAAUACUUUCA